AUGGCGCGCCUCGCACGGGCUAAGCUCCGCUCUGAGCGCUAUGACGAAUGUAUUACGGGUAUGCUUGUGGCCGUCUUGUGCGCUUUGGCCGGAGAGGAGGACUUGUUUCUCGUGUUGAGCUUGCUUGGCCUAGUCCAAUUGGAGGCCUACGAAGAGCUGAUAACACCCACGAUCCUCGAGGGUGUGUACCCGACGUACAACCUCUUCUAUGCCAUUGGGGGCAUGGACUUCAAGGAGCUAUUUAGGUUCGAGAAGCCUCACUUCCGUCAGCUGCUGUACGAGCUCGAGCUCCCCAAGUGCAUUGAAAUUUACAGGGGAGGAUAUGGUGUUACGAGGGUUCCUGCGGACAUUGCGCUGGCGGUUACGAUAUGGCGUCUGGCUUGUCCCACGACGCUGAUCAGGGACCGGCUCUUUUGGGGAAUAGCGGAGCAAAUGAUUUGCGAGAUUUUCAACCUCACCAUAGAAGCGAUUUAUGAUCGCUGGGGUCAUCUGGUCGAUGAGUUGCAGCACGAAGCCAUCCUCCCAAAGAUUGACAUUUUCUGUCAGGCUAUACACGCAAAAGGCGGCCUGCUGACGCGUUGUUGGGGCUUCAUCGAUCGUACCGUCCGCGCGAUUGCUAAGCCUAGGCGUAAUCAGAGGCUGUGGUACAAUGGUUGGAAGCGUAAGCAUGCGUUGAAGUACCAAGGUGCAGACAUCCCAGACGGGAUCAUCCGUCAGCUCUGGGGGUCGAUGCUCGGGCGUCGCCAUGAUAUCGCUAUGAUGGGGCAAAGUUCCCUGUUGCAACAUCUCGAGCAGUGGUUCAACGACGCAGCAGGCACCCCUUACUAUCUGUACGGCGACCCUGCCCAUCCAGUUCCUCCCUGGUUGUUGGCCCCAUACAAGGGGGUGCUAACCCCUCUCCAGCAGGCCUUCAACACGAACAUGAGCGCCGUAAGAGUAACAGUGGAAUGGGGGUUCGGAAAACGCCGCCGGCUCGGCAAGCAGUACGCCGUCGCCGGCAUUUUGACGAACUGUCACUCGUGCUUCUACGGCAACUCAACAUUCAAGUAUUUCGGUGUGAAGCCCCCGUCGCUUACCAGCUACCUGAACAGCGAAGGGUAG